CCACGUGAGCCCGUGAUUCUUUUUCAAGGGAGUGUGUGCAUGUCCCUAUAGAUUCUGGAUGACACUUGCGCAAGCAAGUGUGGGCAGCUCUAGGUGGAAUUUUAGACCUUGACUUUGCACAGCAGAAUUCUGAAUGGUCAUAUCAUAUCGAUGGUUGGUUUCACCCCUUCUUCAACUGGUUGAAGACGGUUUCUGAUUGCUUUUUCUCAGAAUAGAUGGCAGUGGCUGAGAGCGGAUCCUUUGCUCGCACUUUGGAGCUUGAUGUAUUGCUCAAGCACUAGUUGAAACAGUAGCAGAGUGUGGUUCGUGCUGUCGCUGCGGUGAACGAAGGAUGAGGGCCUUCAACGUGCUUCGGCUCCCACUGUGGAGUCUGCCACAUGUCGGCGAGGGCUUGCCAGCAGGCCGCACAAUCCACAAGUUUGGAUGUUUGGGUUGGUGUGGUUUUGGGACUUUGAAAGAGCUACAGACGCGGACCGAACUUCUUGUUGAUGCAGAUUUACACAGUGUAGAUGAGAUCAGACAAGCGAUCAGUCGUUUGGAAGAUGAGGCUGGAGUGGUGCAAACGAAGAUUUUUGCUGCUCCUGCAAGAAAGGACAACAAGAAAUGGGGUCGGUUGAUGCAGGAGACUGGUAUCACGUUCUGUCCGGUCAAACGCUCCACUGAGGUCAACCAUGCCAAAGAACCCAACGAUGAGGCAAUGACCUCAGCCAUUCAGGAGCUAGUUGGUGACAGCUCUGUCAAUCGCAUUGCGUUGUUGACAUCAGACCUAGGGUUCACAGACACCAUCCUCAAGGCAACGGCUGCUGGGGCCAAAGUGACUGUGGUGACUCCCGAGUACUGCUGUUCAGCAAUUCGAAGGUACAAGGAAUUAGGCGUGGAGGUUGUGCAGCUAGAGGCCCAGACAGAACGGGGCUCACGAGUGCGAGCGAUCCUUCACAAUGAUGGAGAAGGUUCAGUGGAGCUUGCAGAGCGCUACAAGUCAAUUGAGUACACCAAGCUAGACCAAGUUACGGGCUUGCUUGGAGACUUGGGAUACAUGAACACUGGGAAGUUCCUUGCCCCGGCUUGUGCGAAGUUCUGGUUUGCACAUGGAUUGGGACCGUUGGUGGUCUUCCCUGAACAGCUUGGGACACUGGCUGUGCAGGAGGUCAUCAGUCAGCCGUCACUGGUAAGGUCGUGGAAGCGGUACGAUCACGACUUAGCAUUUUUCACGCCUACUCUGGGACUGGUCAAGAGUGGGUGCGAGCCAUAUGGGAACCCCCUGGCUCGGUCGAUUUUCAGAGCUGGUGGCCCAUUCAUGUUGAAGGAUUCACCGAACCUCGUAUCCACGGCCUUGAGGAGACUUGGCUAUCUUGACCAUGUCUUGAACACUGACGAAGCAGAGGCAAUGUUCAGUUUUGUGAAUGUGUCUACAAACAAGGUCUUGCUAAAGAAGGUUGGCAUGUUGCCUGACCAGAACGAUAGCAGCGGCGAUGUGCAAGAGAAGUUGCGAGCAGCUUUCCUCUCCCAUGCAUCUGGAUGUCAGUGGAAAAAGCUGGGUGAUGGACACGAGCGCAUACAGCAGAUAUUGCUGAGAGAACAGCUCUUGGCAAAAUCGCAAGUUGGGUGCUCACCUGAGGGCAUGUUGGAUGCGAUGAAGGUUUAUAUCCAGAAAUACAGGCUUGCUCCAAAGAAGACCUUUAACGCCCUGUCCUGCAUGAUUGCCCGCAACAGUAACCAAAACCCAAGCCAGCGUCCGCUGAUUGAGUGGAAACUUUGAUGCAACGUGUAGCAUGUCAGUGACGGGUGGCAGUUCAGCCGGUGCUUGACAUGAGAAAAGUGUGUUGUCCCGUGGGCUCAGUCCCAUAAGAUCCAUCCACUCGCGUGACUCACGAGUCUCUUUUCUGGAAGAACCCGACGCCUUAAGUUGUUGACGUUAUUUAGCAGUCUGUGGGCGAGGCUAUCAUCUCUAUCUUGGGAAACAGUGAAAAAGACACGACCAUCGAUCCUUUUACAUGUCGGAGUACUGAUCGGAAGAGUCAUUCUGACAGCAGGCAAGGGUGUCAAGUUUUUUUACCUACGACCUACAGCCAACUGGUGCUCUAUAUAGGUUCUCCCUCAAUUCCCCCGCUUUCUGGCCACCAACACAUGUGCAGCAAAGUGGAGGUGUGUCUUUUGGAAGCUGACUUCCUCCUACUGCAGGUGGAUGCAGGUGGUACCCCGCUUCAUUAUGC